GAUUUCCGCUCGCCCACUUCCUUAGCAACAGGCUAACGGUUAGCUGCUGUGUGGUGGUCGUCGUGCUGUCCUCACCAUGAGCCGGAGUGGAGCUCUGCUGGUCGGCCUGUGUGGAGCCGUUUUCAUCGCUUAUUGUUUUUAUUUCGACAGAAAGAGAAGAAGUGACCCGAGAUUCAAAGACAAACUGCGGGAACGUCGGAGGAAGCAGAAUGUUUCUGGUGAUCAGUCUGGACUGGCGAAGCUGCCGGACCUGAAGGACGCUGAAGCGGUGCAGAAAUUCUUCCUGGAGGAAAUCCAGCUUGGGGAGGAGCUCUUAUCACAAGGUGAGUUUGAGAGCGGGGUGGACCACCUGACCAACGCCAUCGCUGUGUGUGGUCAGCCUCAGCAGCUGCUGCAGGUCCUCCAGCAGACGCUGCCUCCUCCAGUGUUCCAAAUGUUGCUCACCAAACUGCCCAGCAUCAGCCAGCGACUCGUCAGCACGGCAUCUUUAUCAGAAGACGACGUGGAAUGAAUGGUUCUGUAGAGAGAGAGAGAGUGUGUGUGUGUGUGUGCGCCUGAUUACGACACCGCUCGACCUUUGCACAUCAGCUGUCAGGACACUCGGAGGUUGAAGAAGGCGACGUCUCUGAGAAGUCUUAUCAUCUCCUUCCAUCCAUAUCUCCUUUUUAAUUAUUUCCUGUCUGAGUUUUUUUGUUUUGCUGAUUCGUCCUCGGUGUAAACAAAGACGUGUAAAGUCUCUGAACAUCGCUGAGAUGUGUAAAUAGUCCACAGAGUGAAACUCAAAUGUUCUUGUUUUUAUGUCACUUCAAUGUUAUUUUUCUAUUCCAGGUUUUCUGUCUGGAUUUAUUUCUGUGUGUAAAAUCCUAAAAAUAAAACCUGUCAACACGCUCAAA